AUGGCAAGUACAAUAAUAUUGAAGAUUGCCUUCUCCGUGUCCGCUUGGGGCGCAUUGCUGACCUUGACAGAAACACAACGUUUGAAGAAAACGCACGAAAGGCAAUGGACGUUGACGCCCGACCUUGACUUCUCCAAUGACCAGCAUGUCCCGAUCAUCUCCGAAUCGAAGAAGACAUCUGUUCGCGUAGCCGCAGAGACAUCCAACCGAAGCCCAGCCAAAACUACUUCCACCCAGAACAAAAAUAGGAAGAAAGAUAACAUGGCUAAGGUUCUCUCCGAGAUUCUGCCGCAUGAUCUCCAUGGAGGAAUCGCGAACCAACGCAGCAUAUGUGUUGCGUAUUUAGUGAAAGAUCCCGGACGCCGAUGCGGUGACAAAGUGAAAGAUUCGCAGGAGUUUGGGCAGUCUCUCAGCGUCCUGAAGGAACAUCAUGGUCGGAAGGAUUAUACAGCCCUUCUCAUCCAGACGAAGAUACUCCUCCCAAAAUUCUUGUGUAAGAGGCAUUACAAUUGUGCUCAGCGAAGAUAUGGAUUUGUCGAGAGUCUGAUACAACAUCACUGUGUUGUAGAGGAAGCGUCAAAAGAUGACCCAUAUGGCUUCAUCUCAGAUCCGAGUUAUUCACGUCUUUGCUGGACCCAGUUUCUCAGUUGGAUCGAUAUUGUCUGCCAGCAAGUUACCAAUAACCAGGGGCCGGUACCAGAGACACUCGAGAUCAAGACCUCAGUAAAAACUGCUUCAUCGAUUACAGUGACUUCCCAGAAGCCUGCCAAAUUGAAAGCCGCAAGCUCAAAGAAAGAUCAAACAAAUUCAUUCACCGAGCCCCGUGUCUCUUGGCUCACAUGCUUUACAGUCUGGCAACCAACCUGGAGCAAAUAUCUUUCCGUCUCCCAAGCCCUCGAAAAGCAAGCCCAAAGGCCCCUCUUAAAAACGGAAAUUCCCCCUGGAUAUAUAUACAUGUACUGGGUGAAAGGCAAUUUCGGUUUGGCCAAGAUCGGAUAUAGCACUGACAUUGACAGACGCCUCCGCGAAUGGCGUAAACAAUGUAAACAAGACUGUCAAUUACAAAAGUCUGCCGGACCAGGGCAGUGUCUGCGUGUUCUUGUGCCGCACGCGCGACGGCUUGAGAAUCUGAUCCAUGCGGAGCUGAAGGAACUUCGAGGGAAGAUGUUUUGCAAGGUUUGUGGAACAAAUCACAGAGAGUGGUUCGAGGUUUCGGAGGGACAUGCUGUCGCUGUGUAUUUAAAGUGGAAGGAUUGGAUUAUGCAGAGUCCUUAUGAGAGAGUUGAGGAUGGGUUAUGGAAGUUGAAAGAAGACGUCGCAGAUAGUCUUGAGGAGGUUUGCCGUCCUUUAGAACAUGUCGAUAAUGAUAUGUUGAGGAAGAAGAGCGUGCAGAAGCGGAAAGAGGUUCGUGUUAGUCAGUAUUGGAAGCCUAAAACAAGGCUACGGAAGUGGAAAACGUAG